AGCAUCCACGUCUGUUGCGUAGUUACAUCGAAACCAUGGAAACAACUCGGUGACUUCACACAGCCAACUCGGCUCUUUCUUGUCAGUUUGGCUCCGGCUCUGUGUAGGUGGGACGGGCAAUGUCAGCUCAGCUGUUAGCGAUGAAAUAGCUUUAAAAAUGUCUUCGUGUCAUUCUACAUAGUCAACGCAUGUUUCUCGCGUUGUCGUUUCUUUUUAGACGACAUUAGCCGGCUAGAUUAGCUGGGUUGACGUUAAGUUGCCAAGAACACCUCUGUGGUAACGUUAUUUUAGAUUCACAGAGAGCUUAAACGGGAUGCUGGAGUCAAUUAAAGUCACAGGUAAGGUUUCAUUUUUGUUUUUCCCCUAUUAUCCUUACAUUAAUAACUGUAACUACUGUAACUGUAAUACCGUAAAAAUGUUGAUUACAGUACUUUAAAAAUACCUCCAUAAUAACAUUAGUUAUUAUACAUUGUAUCUCAAUUAAAGAUGGAAACUACUAUUAACAUACAUUUGGUCUCAAUUUAGCCCAUAUUUAACGCAAUGGCAUUUAAAAACGACCUAAAUAUUAUAUGUUCUUCUUUUGUACUGUGUCAGCUAUGAUAUGUAAUUUGUAGUGAUUAUCUCACUGCAUCCCCAGCACUUGUGUGGCACAGCAGUCCUCCUGAUGCUGAAUCAUUCUGAUUAUUGUCAGUCAUGUGCUUUAAAUUCACAUUACUGCUUUAGUACUUGGAUUAAUGGUGACAAGGAAAAUGAUAUAUACUUUCUUGUUGUGAAGGUGUUUCAGCAUUAGAAAUAUGUUCUUUUCUUAUCAUAAAUCAGAUUGUGGUAUCACAAAUAUAAAGUCCUCAUGCCACAGUUAACGAGCAUUUUUAACAGGCACUUAAGGAGCAUAGUGGCUCUUCCAUCCAGACUUUCUAGACAUCCUGCAAGCCAUUAAUUAAGAUUUGUCCUCAAUUACCUUCAUAAUGACUGCUAAUGUAAGAUUUAUGUAGGAUUACAUUUUAGUAAACUGACUAUUUUUUAGGGUUCACACAAAUAUAGAGGAAGACUAACAGACAGAUGGAUACAUUUAACCGAGUCAGUGAUGCGGUUUGCAAAAUUAACACCCACCACAGAGACCAAACUGAAGUCUGAUCAUAAAGCAUGUUUAAAUCCUCUUGCAUUUUUACUAUGAGGAGCAUUUAUAGGCAUCUAUAUACCUUAGGAUUUAGUUAAGACACAGAUGUCUCUUUCUGAAUGAAAAAAAGCAAACAUUAAAAGUGCAAAGUGUAAACAGGCUGUGCCACCCGUACAUACACACAUCAUUGAGUUAUGUUAGUAUGAGGAUUAUCACUACGUACACUGAAACAAGCCCUAUGCACAACAUAGUAAUCUGUGUACGCAUGUGCCACAUAGAUUUGACUCUAUCCAUUACUGAAAUCUUCAGACAUGCUGACAACAUCAAAUAGGAUCUAAUGAUAUCAAAGUCCUGAGUGCUUGAAAUGAAAGUAUUAUGUGCUGGAAACAUUAAUUGUAUUUUUUCUCUUAAGAUGUUGCAAAGAGUGCCCUGUAUUAUGAGCUGUAUUAAGGUUUAAAAUCAUCAGUUUAAGAAACUUUACUUCAGAUUUGCUCUGAUGUACUCUUCAACAUAAUUCCUUCCUUACACUGUAAAUAUACUGAAACAAAUAUGUACAUGACAAACAAUAGCCAUUUAUCAUUGUAGCGAGUAUAAUGUAUUAUUCGCCAAUUAGUCCAAUUUUUUAAUCUACCCGCCACUAUGACUUGUGAGUCAAAAAAGUUGAUUUUGGACCCUCAUCCUUACAGCACAAUUUGACCUUAGCCUAUUACAUCAGAUAAAACUGAAUUAUGAUGCACCCAGCUGAUGUGUUAGAUAAUAUCAUUACUUCUGGCUGGAUGAACACAUAACAAGCCAAUGAAGCUCCAGCUAGUCCCUCUUCAGUUAUUACUGUGCUCCUGAGCUCAUUAGUUUGUGCUGUGUGUGUUUGCAUGGUUUCCACCUCGGUGCUCAUGUCCACUUGUGCUACGAUGAUGCUUCAGGUCACUUCACUGGAAAUCGCACAGCCCUGCACUCUGACUUUUCUUCUGUAAUACACCAUCAAUCUCUGGGGAAAAUAAUGACAAUAAAUACAUAUGAGAGAGCAGGAUACUGAUGCAUUAAACUGCAUGAUGCAUAACCAUGAACUGCUGAUGUAAGAGCAGCCAAAGAUGAGUCAGAUUUAGUUUGAGUCACAUCAGAGUUAAAUAAUUGUGCAAAACAUGCUAAAAAGAAGUUGUCAGUUUGUUUCCAGAGGCCUGCAAACAAAAAGAUCUAAUUUUAUCCCGGCUUCAAAGAGGAUUAGUCUAUUAAGCCUACAAAAGGUGCGCAUGAGAAGAGGAGUCUAAAGUUAGCAGCAAACAGAUUCACUGUCUUUUUUUCAAACAGUUUUCACUGUUUCAACCCCUAAUUUUUCCUUACAGAAAGACUGCGCUGGCCAGAAGUAGAAAUGUCUAAGAAGUACAUUUUACACUCUUCUGAUAAGGCACUGAGUCCAAGCCAAGUAUACCUCGAGAAGAUUCCCCCAAGCGCCCUCAAAGACCUUUUCAGCACUGGUUCUAGGAGCUACAAUGUCCUGCUGCAUGCUGAGGAGGAGGAGAAGAAGAAGAGCCCGAAGCAGUCCCCAUACAGGAGGCCAAAAACGUCUGUGAGAUGUGGCCCCUCAUUUAGUAAAAGAAACCGUCCAGGUAUGGUGCCUAAAAAGAUCCGUUCCCCAGAGGGUGGGGGAAAACCUGCACAGACGAAUCGUGUCCUCUCAGGCAGCAACUCCAAUCUCCCCAAACCAGCAAGGAACAUCGCAGUCGUGGGCAGCACCAUGGGCCUUACCCCUCGCACAGUUCCACAGCUCAGGAAGACCUCCAAUUCCCCACGCACAAAACUACCCAUGUUGCACAAAGCAGCGAUCACACGAGAAGUGGAAAAUGCCAAGAAGCUCUGCAUCCUCACAGCCAUAAAGCCGACUAACGUAGAGAAAGAGAAAGCCAAGUUUUUCAAGUCUGACUUCAACUACAAUCCCCAGUUUGACUACAGUAACCCUGUCCCUCCACUCGUCCUGGCACGACAUAAUAAUGCUUCAGACCGCUUCCUCACACAGGUAGGUGUUUGAGGCUAUUUCCCGCCAGAUUGUCUCAUAUUGUGGUGAUAAGAACAACAACGUCUUUAACACUUUAUCUCUGUGAAAAGCCCUUCAUAAUGUUUUCUCUGCAGUCCUAUCAGGCGGUGCAAGAUUAUUCAAUCUGAGGAUUUUGCAGUGAAGGAUACGCUGCUAGUUUUACUUAGAGUCAAAUAUCAUUUGGUGGCCCAUUAAAUAAACUCCUUUUUUAAUUUUGUGUCAGCAUUGCAGAAGCGCUAGAGGCAAAAUAUGCAAACAGAUCGUAGAGUGGCAUCUUUUUACCAUGGUGGUCUUGAUUUUUUUUUUACAGAUACAAGUAAUCAAAUUAAAACUCAAAUGAAACUCAUUGAAAUGCUUCUGUUUUGCUUGAAGAGGGUACUUCACCUCUCGGUCAUCAGAAAUGAUAGACUGAGGCUCCUUUUACAUUUUCCGGAAUUCCUGUCAGAACUGUCCCAAGAUUAGAGGAAUUAUCAGUCAGACACUGAGUCUCCAUGCACCUCCUUUAUAGAGUCAAAAGUGAAUCCUUGCUCAUUAUGUUGGCCUGCUGAAAAUUUAAGAAGCAUGAAAGUGCAGUAAAAAGGAGAAGUUUAAAAUGAUCAAACUUAGUUACUUGUAUGCUGGAAAAUAAAUUGUCCUCAGCUCGUGCAGUCCACCAGUCCAGAGGCUGUGACAGGUCAUUCAUCACAUCUCCAACAACGUCCCUAGUGCAUGAGGUCGGUGCUGAGCUGGCUGGCUGGUCUGAGAUCAGCAAACCUCUUCAUGCCAGCAGUCAAGUUGGACGCUGUGAUUACAGAGACUCUCUGCCAAAGGUGUUUAAACGUUAGGACUGUCCAGAGCUGAUGCAACCUGAGUGUGUGUCUGAGAGAAGAAGUGGCAGAAUUACAUCAGGAAACAAAUACAAGAGUUUAUUUUAGUCUCAGUGGGUGUCUUACAUCAAUAUUAACAGUUUGAGGACACGUCCACUGAGCAGCAUUAGUGCUGAAAAAACAUUAGAUUCACUGUUUGCAGUCAAUUUUCAAUCUCUCACCCCUCAACCCACAAAUAAACCCAGGUAAAAGAUUGGUGUGUUUGGAGUUAACAUGAACACUGCUGUGAGGUGCUCAGUUUCAGUCUGUUUGAGUAGCACCAGUAAACUGAGAGCAAGACAAGGAAAGAAUGACUACACUGAACAGGAAAUGCAGUAAAAUGAGCCUGACAUCCUUUUGAGUGUAGUUUCUGUUUGACAGUCUGAAAGUAGCAACCAAACACAAGGCUGCUUGUCCAGCUGCUCCCUGAGGUGAUGGCCACACCUGUGUGUUCUGCUGAUGGAGCAGGUGCGAGAGGCUUCGCUGAUGCUAGCUGGAAAAGCUCAGAUGUUAGGUAAACUGUCGCGUAAUUUCACAGAUGCUUAGACAUAUGAUAUUUGGUUAGUUAAGUGUUUGUGGGUAUUGGAGUUUUGGUAUCAGUCAGUGCUUUUCACAAUCAUAAGGAGUUGUUGGCCAGUUCUAGCUUGUCAAAAUGAGGGUGGGCUGGUAAAAUAUUCACAAGGGCCGGCUGUUCACAGGAUCAGACCACUGUACAGGGCUCAUUUAGACACAGUGAUGCACAAGUAGUUAGAGUCUCUUACUCUUAAUUUUUCAGCUACACCAUGCGGUGGAGAUGUAGUAUGUAAAAGGGAACAUUAUCAAGAUUAUGCCAAAGGAGUGGGUAGCUUGGGAUCUUAGGAUGAGGAUCAUUUUUAUUUUUCUUAAUGAGAACUUGCUGGAGCUUUUUACUAGAGAACAUAGCUGAAGAACUUUCACCUGCAGUUAUUCAGGGUGGUGCAGCAGCGUGUUUUUUUUCCCCUAUACAUCCUGAUCACAUUUAAGUCCUAUAUAAAGUCACUUAGAGGAAGAGUCUGUACGCUAGACAAAGCGUAAAAGCUGCUUUAAGGUGUUUAUGCCAGAUUCUUUCACGGCUGUUUUUGCCAAGUUUUGCCUCAGCUUCUUAUUGAUGUUCUCAUGUGCCAGCCUAAGCUGUCACCUUGAGGUUGCUCCUUGACUUGCAGCAGUGUUACAAUCAGAUAACUCUUUGACAGACAGAAAGGUGAGCCCACACCUUUGGCUCUUUCCCCGAAAUAUUUCAAAGCUUUCAGUUCUACAUUAAUCUAAUCUCCAGCUCAUUCAAGUCUCGAGCACCCACUGUUCAAGUCCAAGUCAUGCCUGAGUCACCAAAAAAGAGUCAAAGUCAAGACUGAAUCUAGCCUCCUUUACCAGAGUGCAUGACUUGAGUUGAGUCUCCAUUACCUGAAUCCAAGUCCUGAGUCAAGUCCCUACAUCUUAAAAUGGGUCAACGGACUCAGGUCUCAAUUACCUGAAACAAAUACCUGAAUUACCUCAAUUACCUGAGUCCCAAUAACCUGAGCCCAAGUCUCACUCUGAGUCCUCAUUUCUCAAGUCCAGGUUCAAGUGCUGCAACUUACAUCCCACCAGGGUCAAAUACAAAUCCUAAUUACCUGUGCCACAUGUAAGAUGAGUGCCCAGUAACAUGACUCAUACACAAGUAAAGACUCUACAAUCUGAGUCCCCAGUCUCAAGUUGAGCCCCCAUUGCUCAAGUCAAGGUGCAGGUCUAGUACCUGACAGCUCCGUUUUGGUCAAAUUGGGUCCAAAUUGACUGAGUCCAAUACAGUUUGGGUUCCAUUACCUGAAUCCAAUAGAAUUUAACUCCCAGUUACCUCAGUCCAUGACAAGAUGAGUGUCAAUUACAUGGUUCUGAAAUGAGUCCCCUUUCCUGAGUCCAGUUUAAGUUAAGCCCCCAUAUCCAGAGUCCAAUGUAAGUUGAGUCCUGUUACCGGAGUCACAUUCCACUUCACCCUUAUUGCCCGAGUGCAAUGAAGUUUAAGUCCCCAUCCCUUUAUUCCUAUACAUGAUGUGUUGGCUUUACUUAAAGCUGGUUUAAGUUAAGCUCUCGUUACCCAGGUUAGUAAAAAAAAUAAACAUGAACAAAUGUUUCACACAAAGCCAACAUGUUCACUCUAACCUCAUAUAACUCACCAGAAUGAUUUAAACUAUUCUAACACAAACAUCUAUUCAGGACGGUCAAAACUAAAGGGAAUAAAUACACAGACUAGUUCAUCACUAUCUUUUCUUCUCUACACCUACAAAAAUUAAAUUUAACAUUCAGAGUCUUUGACAGAAUCAACCUCAGGCUUUGCAUGAGUCCCUGUUUGGACUGUUCCACAAAUCCACCCUAUAGACUGUGAUACUCUCACUCUGCAUUGUUGUUUCUUGACAAUGAAGAGUCCUGCUGGGAACCUGAAAGAAUUCCGUUUGUUUGAUAGCCCACUGAUUAUCCAGUUGUUUGCGUAUCAUGUGUUCAACCUCAUUUUAUUCAUUAGACAGAUUGUUUUUACCGCUACAUCAGAGCUCCAAAGAAGAAGGUUGCUAAGUUCUUCCUGUCAAAGACAGCCAUAGCCACAGGCAGCUUUUACAUAAUAAAUUUCACAUCUCUUGCAGGCAGUGCACAUCAUGGAGGUAGCCCUGCAGCGAUAUGGCAGCUAUGAGAAGUUUGAACAGAUCACCGGGGGAAACCUCCUCACCAAGAGCCGCAUCUGGCACAACGUUAAGAAAUACAUGGAGAAGGAAGGCUGCAUAGGGGAGGUGAGAGGACAGGAAACUUACUCACAGGUCACACCCUCAUCAUCUAUGAAAGAGAAUAUAAAACUUCAACUUAGAGCUGGGUAUUUUUCUGUGGCUGCACUCGAGAGUCUAUGUCAUUGUGGAUUAGUGCAUCGUCAUUACUGAGGCGCAGACAGCAGGGUAUCAAAGUGAAAGAGCUCCAGGGAAAAGAAGACCUUGCAAAAAGUAGCUACUUCAUUGAAGUCAUCCAGCAGUUGGCUCGUGCUCAGCUGGGUUUAUGUAACCAACGUCAACUACAUCUUACAUCACCGAAUUAAAACUGCCUCACUGAACGCAUUACACCACAUUUACACACACACACCUUGUAUAGACUUGGAAAGUCCUAAUGGGCUCAGAUAGAGUCAUCAGUUUUGUUAAACCCAGCUAAAAAUGACGGCUGAACAUUGUUGUAGUAAAGUCAGGGGUUUUAGUAGAAGUGGCAUUAAUGUUUCAGAGUCUGCACAGCAACAAGAAUUUGAGAGGGUUUGCUCAGUUUCUUUUUCCUUCUGCACAUGCAUGAGGGUCCAGAAUGAUAUCCAAAUGCAGCUCUAAUUUUAGAAGACAGUAAAGGUAUAAAAACAUGUCUUACACACAGAUUUUAAAGUAAAAGGAUCAGAUGGACUGAAGGAAAACACAGAAUUGACAUUAAGUUUUUCCUGCAUAUUAGAUCGUAGUUCAGGUGACGGAUGACCUCCUGUCCAGAGCCUCCAUGACGGUGGUGAACAGCAGACCGACAUUGACCAUCAACGUCUCCACGGCUCGGGAACAGUGGCUGGAGGGGAUGCUGAGGCAUGAGAUAGGUGAGCACAUUUCAGUAACUUUCAUUUGAGGUGUUAUUGUUAUUUGGCACCCGAAAAAACAAUCACAGUUUUGCACUUGCAUCACAAGCAGGGCAUGAUUGUGUGUGUGGUGCAUCAGCGUGACAAAUGUGUUAAUUUUGCUGAUUUACAAGAUCCAAAGUUGAAAGAAAAAACAACCUUAGCUCUAAUCUAAUCCACCUUGUCCAAUCAGCCCUGAAGUUCACAGCCUUAUAAAUAGGUGUUCAUUGUCAUGUGUCAAUAUGCCACGAUUCAUGAGAGUUCAGUUGAAUUAAUUAGUUUGUAUUUGAGCUCAGUGAAGUAGAUGGUUUUUGUCUCUGUCCACAGGGACACAUUACUUCCGUGGCGUCAAUAACUGUCACCAGCCGUGGAACAGCAGCCUGGGCAGGAAGAAGCACAACCUGAAGCCCCUGAACCCCACAGAGGAGGGCCUGGCCAGCAUCCACAGUGUCCUCUUCAGGAAAGACCCCACCCUGUGGCGGGCAGCCCUGCUCUACUACACUGUCUACCAGGCUAGCCACAUGUCCUUCUCUCAGCUCUUCCACAACCUGGGACGCUUUGUCCAGGACCCCAACACCCGCUGGGAUUACUGCGUCCGGGCCAAGAGGGGCCAGACGGAUACAGCUCAGCCAGGUAAUCCAACACAGCUUGUAAACAAUUUGGCUCUGUUUUCUGCCUGAUAAAGUUGGCAUUACCUUUUAAAAUUACAUUUAAUGCAUUAAAAAUCAUGUUUUCAAAUCCCUCUCAUCUUUGACACUGUAGGGUGCUUCAGUAAGGACCAGGUCUACCUGGAUGGUAUCUUGAAAAUCUUGAGAUACAGAGACAAGAUCAACUUCCCACUGCUGAUGGCUCUGGGAAAGGUACGGCUAACCUUCACUGUCUGUUCUCAAUAGAUUCAUUCAGUUUUCAUGGGAUCAUACACAGAGCUGAGGGGUUUAUCAGAGGUUCAGUGUUGUCACUUACAGCUAAAACCACCUGAGUCUAAAGACACAAACACAUACUAUCCUGACAUUAACCAGGAAACUCUGGCACUCCUAUUUUCAGGACCUUGACUCAGAGGUCAGAGCACAGCUGAAGGCUGGUUUCAGUUAUCAGUACAAGGAACACAUGCAGGAGUUUUCAGCUCAAAUACUGUACCUGUGUGUUUGAACAUAAAUGGAUCGUCAAUCAAGUUACCAUGACCCUCAGAAAUGACUCAAACACAACAGCUUGCAGACUUUACAAACAUCUCCCUUGGUGCUGAACACAAAAGCCUGCAGAGUGACACUGAUCGUAAACUCGUGUCCUUCCCUGUGCUCCUUUGCCAGGCACUGUUUCCUUCUUUAGAUGAUGCUCUUGGUAAGCACAGGCUUUAUUAAUGUUGACAGGUCCUCUGCAUCACAGUGGCAGAUUAGCCCUCAGUAUUCACUGACAGUGUCCUAAAAACAGAAUCAAUUCUUAAUCUGAUGUCCCUUUAAGCUAUUUCCCCACAGUGUUGGAGCUCCUCACUGCUCUGCACAAACAGCCUCCCUCUGUUUAUCAGCUCUCUUCUAAAUGACGUUGUCUUUUUAAUGGUAUCUUCUCUCCUUAGUGCUUCGACUACACAACCGUAGAGAAAAGCACCAGGAUAGCAGUAUCAUUGGUGACAUUCAGUGUCUGAAAAUAAACGUUAAACUGCUCAGAUGAUGGAAACAGUUCAGACAGAGUAAAAUGAAAGGAGAGCAGAGCUGAAUGAGGAUUACAUAACUGCCUCUCUAAGGAUGGAGCAGACACUUUUCUGCUUCAGAGGAGCCAGAGGCACUCGUGAUUACACAGAGUGACUGAGUAUGAUGUAAGAAGUGAUGUUUUUCAACAUACUGUAUAUAGGAGGAUGACUUAGCCACUGUUACAUUACUCCUUUGUUUGUGAUCUACCAUGUACUUUAGCUAGUGAGGGUAUUUGUUUAAACUAGAGCUUACCAUGAAUGUGCAGCAAGAUGAAGCUGAAGAGGACCAGGAGGUUGGUAAAUACUGUCACAGCCACAGUUAGAAAGUGUUGUGAAAGUGCAUGCUUUACAACAGCAUGGCUGUGUAGUCGAGGAGUCCUGCUGCUAAGCUGGCCUCCCCUUCAGUCCUGACUCCUUGUGGACUGGAAACCUUUGGCGGCUCAUGAAAUGAAGAAGUGUGACAUUAGUGAUAAUCCAUAAACACCCCCAUCCACCCUAUUUUAGCUAACGGAAAUCAAAACUCCACCGUUCGAACAUUACGGUAUCACAAAACGACCCAAAAAGAGCUGAAUCAUACAGAGAUAACAACUUAAUGACAAAAUGAUGUUCAUUUAUGCUCUCACUACUGAGUCAGGGCGUCUUUUGCAUGAAUUACUGCAUCAAUGCAUAGAGGAGGUGAGUCUCUGGCUCUGCUCGGGUAUUAUGAGAGCCCAGGCUGCUUUGAUAGCGGCUUUUCUGCCUAAAAUCACACAAGCAGCUAAUUACAGCUCCCACUGAGGCAGACAGAAUAAUCUGGCGAUACGAGUUCUUGCACAGAGAAAACAUGAGCAUUGUGCCCAGCUAAACACUAAUCCUGCCUCUUUUGUUUUCCUCUGUUCUCAGGUGUCGUUUGAAGACGUGGACCGCCUGAAACCUCUGGCUCAGAUGGAAAACAUCCGCAUCCCACACUUCAUGCAGGAUCAGGCGCGUUAUACCGAGCAGCUGACGAAAAUCAUGGCUGUCAACCAGCUUACUGACGAGGAGCUCAAGACUAUCAUUUGAGCCCCGUCUACACUCCCACUCAAACCUGAUCACAGCACUGCCAGCCCACGGCCCGCAUGCCUCAACACCCUCACCUUCAUCCUGCAUGGUAGCAGAGUGUGUGAAUCCUGCAGCGUGCUGUGUUGCAUGUAGUAUAAAGUUGUGUUUAGGAGGUCACAUUAGUCAAAUCUGAUUAAGCUUUUCGUUAAACAUCUGUCAUUACCGGGUCACCUACCACUAAUAUAGCACAGCUCACUCAGUAAUCAUUUCACCUCAGAGCAGGUGGACUUACAAGUGCCAACACAACACAGCACCUAGAUGGUUGUUUCAGUCUAAUAUAUGCACACAUACUUUUACCACAGAUACACAGAUUUUAUUGUACUCUUCGUGCCAAAUUGUUUUCAGUUACUCGGUUCAGUCUGUAUUCAGUGUAUUAGCCAGUUUUAUUUGUUGGAGUAAUUUAGUUUAUUCUUCCUCUCCAGCCUGUUCAAUCCAGUUUAGUCUAAAAUAAAGGUGAUGCUCAGCCUGGGAGGCUUAAACUUGUCUACUAAAGGAUGAUAAUAUCCACCUAUAACCUCUGAAAAGACAUCCAACAACUGACCAGUUAUUCAUAACAUAGGGUAGGCCUACAGACAGUUUUACCACACAGGAAAUUGAGCAACCUGAACUUAACCUAACAUUUAUACACGUAGUGGUUCAUCCUGAAACAUCACAGUCAUUGUGCAAAAUUAUCAUACAAGAAAGGUGUGGGCAGUUUUUGAAUUAACACCGUAGAGCAUUUACAGAUGAGACUCAGUGGGUUAAAUUGGAACAAAUUCUAACAAAAAGUAUGAUCAUGUGGUUGUUUAAGCGAAAACAAUGCUAGAUUCAUCAACCUGGAAAAAGGCAAAGUCCUUGGAGAGGAAAAUGAGGGAAGUUUUGAAUGUUGCUUUAACUCCACAGGGAUUAUCUCUGUGGUUAUGACUCUUGAAUCACAGUCUGAGCCUGUCAGUGGCAAAAUCAAGCUCCUACUGUUAAAACGCCCCCUGAUUUACUUUUCCCUGCAUGAGUCAGCUCGUGUCAUAGAAAAGUGAUUCCCAUUAGUGAUAGAACAAGCCAUGAAGAGGUGAAGGAUCUCUGACUUCCACUCUUGCACCUGUGAUCAAAGUGUACUUAUCCAGUGGUUUAUAUGCCCAUCUCUUUAUUGAAGAUGAACUCAUUCUUGCACUUUCUGACUCCUUGAUAAAAGGUAGAGUUGCUAUUUUUGUAGUACAGAAGUUUGGCGUUUGGGCAGAGUUGUUUCUCAGAUGGUUCACAGGUUCUCUGUUUAAGCAGUAAUGGCUUUAAGUGCUUCAUCAGGCCUGCUGGUGCAGCUGAGCCCGUCAGCGUUGUUUUACUGAAGAGGAAAUAUAAAACCUGUGCAGCUACUUAAGCUGUAGCUACUACCUGAAAGUGUGCUCUUUUUGCUCUAUGAAGUCCUUGUGGUGUGAGUGCACCGACUUGAAGCCCUGUUUGAAUAUUUGCACUUCUUUACCUUUUUUUUUUUAACUGCACUGAUAUUAGCAGUUGGUGAGUUUGUUCACGUUUUACUAAACAAACCAAAUGCCUCGUGAUUUUACUGUGAUACUGGAUGAGUUUUUGUGUUGUUAUAACAAAGGAUGACCUGACACUGGGAGCAUGUGUGUCACUCUGCUCCCUCAAUAAACCCUUCAAUGGCACACUUUGUCCACAUGGUAUUGCUAUGUGAUGUUUUCUCUUUGAAUGACUGUUUUGUGAUACCAUUAACAAUCUUCAAAUAAAGAGGACUCCCCGAAAAAAGUGAC